AUGGGAAUCUUCGAAGAAUCUUUUGUGUGUUUAUUUUUACGGGCCUUGAGACAUGUUAAGGAUGAUCCAAUAGCACGAGAACUAAGCAGAUGCAUGAAGAAUAUGUUUAGUGAAAGGCAAACGAUCCAUUCGAUAGCUUCAUGUGAAGGUUUUCAUCAAAGCCAAAGUGAAUUGCCGCACGACGACGAAGACGACGACUCGACAGUUCCGCCGAAAGUAGUAAAUACAAGAGGAAAGCAUGGAUAUGAAAUUGGAUAUUUUACUGAUAACUUUGUCCGUUUGCAGCAUUGGUUUAGACUAAAUGAUUUGAUACAAUGCAUUAUGAACAUAAAAUUUAGAGAAGAGAAGGCGACGCCCGUUUAUCAUGCAACGACGAUGUCAAUUAAAUUUGUGGUGCUCUGUGUCGCAAUAGUUUUCAAUCAUCCAGACAAAGAAACCCCCUGA